ACUCCUGACCUCAGGCGAUCCACCUGCCUUGGCCUCCCAAGGUGCUGGGAUUACAGGUGUGAGCCAAUGCUCCUGGCCUGCUUGGGCUCUUAAAGGCUUGUCUCCAAUGGGAACUUUGUUUGAGGUGAUAAUGUGUUUCAAUUUGCCUAUUUUGUCAUUGCAUGACAAGGACUACCAAGUCCCAUCUGUUAAUACUAGUAGUACUUCCUCUUUUCUCAGCUUCAGCCAGAUUGGAUAAUAAAUCUCAAAUUUCCUCUAUUUCCCUGAAGGUCUGUAGCUUUCAAGUAUUUAUGGUACAGUUUCUGAAAGCAAAUACCUGGAUUUGCAGCUGUUGUAGAAUAUGAAGGGCUCUGUUUCAUAAAGUGGGAAUAUUCUUCAAACAUAAGGAGAGUUAGAUGCCAAAAAGAAUGACAACCAUUCCUUGUGUAAACAAGUGACUGAGGCAGGUCUCAACUGAUUUACAUGUUUAUUUUGCCAAGGUUGAGGACGUGCCCAGGAAUUAAACACAAAUGACAGAAGCAUCUGCGAUCGGUGCUUUUUCCGAAGAGGAUUUUGAGGACUUCAGUAUGUUAAGGGAAAAGAGCAAGCAGGAGGGGAAGGAGAUAACUCGCAUUGGCCAACAGAAUCAGAGCAAAUAUAAUGUACACCUUAUCUGAAUAAAGGAUGCUACUACAUGGUUCAGCUUACGAGGAGUUAUUCUGUGAUCUCAGCUUCCAGAAUGAGAAAACACUUGGAAAGGAGCCAAGCAGAGUUGCAGUCAGCUCCAUGGUGACCCUAAGCACAUGUGCAAUCAUGCAAUAAAGGGAGCUGCUUUCUGGAGAUUCUAGCAAGAUGAAUGCAGACUCUUGAUAGAGUAGUUACCAACAAGGAAACACCGAGAGCAUGGAGAAGCAGCUUCAGAAGGCAUGCGGUUUAAACUUUGCCUUCCCCACCAUGCUAGAGGAAGCUGAUUCUUGAAGGUGAGUGAAAGGAAGGAGGUAAUCUACCACCAUGUUUGGUUCUCAUUUAUAAGAUGUUUUAAGAAAGAUUUGAAACCAAUUUUUUGAAGAAAGCAGAAGGUCUCUUCCCAUUAUGACUUCAGAAAUCACUUAUGCUGAAGUGAGGUUCCAAAAUGAAUCCAAGUUCUCAGGCAUCGACUCAGCCUCUUCUGCAGCUUCCAAGAAAAGGACUGCCCCUCACAAAAGUAAUACCGGGUUUUCCAAGCUGCUUUGUGCCUCAUUGAUGAUACUUUUCCUGCUAUUGGCAAUCUCAUUCUUUUUUGCUUUUUUCAUUUUCUUUCAAAAAUAUUCUCAGCUUCUUGAAAAAAUGACUACGAAAGACCUGGUUCAUACAACAUUGGAGUGUGUGAAAAAAAAUAUGACCACGGAAGAGACAGCCUGGAGCUGUUGCCCAAAGAAUUGGAAGCCGUUUAGUUCCAACUGCUACUUUAUUUCUACUGAAUCAGCAUCUUGGCAAAAGAGUGAGAAGGACUGCGCUAGAAUGGAGGCUCACCUGCUGGUGAUAAACACUCGAGAAGAGCAGGAUUUCAUCUUCCAGAAUCUGCAAGAAGAAUCUGCUUAUUUUGUGGGGCUCUCAGAUCCAGAAGGUCAGCGACAUUGGCAAUGGGUAGAUCGGACACCAUACAAUGAAAGUUCCACAUUCUGGCAUCCACAUGAGCCCAGUGAUCCCAAUGAGCGCUGUGUUGUGCUAAAUUUCCGUAAAACACCCAAAAGAUGGGGCUGGAAUGAUGUUCAUUGUAUUGUUCAUCAAAGGUCAGUUUGUGAGAUGAUGAAGAUCCACUUAUGAACUGAACAUUCUCCAUUAACAAGUGGUUGGAUUGGCAUCUGUCAUUGUAGGGAUAGAUAAUAAGCUCUUCUUAUUUAUGUGUAAGGGAGGUCCAUAUAAUUUAGGUGGUCUGUCAACUAUUCUACUUAUGAGAGAAUUGGUCUGUACAUUGAUUGAUUCACUUUUUCAUAAAGUGAGCAUUUAUUCAUGUGCCAAAGCCUGUACUGAAGACCCCUAUUGUGCACACAUGGAGAGAACAUGAGUCUCUCUUAAUUUUUGUCUGGUUGCUAAAGAAUUAUUUACCAAUAAAAUUAUAUGAUGUGGUUUCUCCUCCUGUCUGGUUUUCUCUUCAUCCCUACUAUACUGAUGUAUAAUUGACAAAUAAAAUGGUAUAUAUUUAAGGUG